AAAUUUAAAAACACAAUUAACGCAAUUGCUUGAAAUAUCGAAGUUUUUACCCAUAUUUUUGGUGUAAAACACAUUUUGAUACCCAACCGGCUUGGCGCGUCGUGAAUGCUGAAUAUCAAUCAUCCACAACAUUUGCGUCUCCUCCAUCAGCCAGCGAAACAGAUUGCCACAAAACGAGCUUGCGUGUUGCAGGAGGUUCUUUUUGUUAGUUUUGAUUCUUUUUCACACUUCAUGAGACGGUGAUUCAUUACACUUAAAAGCUUCUUUUGGAAAUUACCCAUCAAAAACUUUCGCCUUUUCAGCAGCAGCGGCUUUAACGGUAACCAAUUUGACAGCACGGCUAAGGAAAGGGCCGCAAUGUUCGUUUGAUAUUCAAUUGUGUGCUUUUUUCCGAGCUGAUUAGUGGUUGGACGCCCCACCGCUCUUCAACGGCGCCACCAUGGAUGCGAAAAAGCUGCAACAACUGCAGCAAGCAAACGCGCAGAAGAAAUUGCCACUCGCCUAUCAAACGAACCUCGUCGACUAUCGUGCCGCCACACAUUCACCCGUCUUUCAGCAGCAACAACAGCAGGCCGCAAUGAGCGCCUAUCACAGCAUCGGCGGCAGCGGCUAUCAGCAAAGCCCCACCGCCACCUCCUCGAGUGGUGGCCCGCUCACACCCAUCGACAUGCAACCGCAACCAAAUAAAAUGCUGCUCAAGCAUAUGGCCGGCAGUGGUGGCAACACCUCGAGCAGCUCACACAGCUCGCCGUAUCAUCAGUCGUCCUACAACAGUGGCGGCGAGCAGCUCUAUCAGUCACCGACGGAACGUACCUAUUUGACAGCGGCUGGCCGCCUGCAGGCCACCUCGGCGCAUAAUCCUGCCACAGCGCUGCAACAACAGUACCAACAGCUGCAACAAGCCAAGCUGCAGGCACAAUUGCAGACGCAGAGUGAGGCGGUGCAGCAGCAGCAACGCACAUUCGCCAUGCGGCAAGCCAUGAAUCCGCCGGUGCCGCAAGGACACUUUCAUAUGAGUCAGUCGUCGAGCAUCAUGUCGACGAUGACUUUGCAACAACAGCAGCAACAGCAACAACAACAGCAGCUGCAGCAGAAUGCAGCAGCGGCAGUGCAUGGCCGUGCGCCACCCUCCACUUUGAAUCUGAAUAGUCAAUAUCAGCCUGCGGGCGGUGUUGGGCCAUUGAAGGUCAAUCAGAAGCAGACACAGCAACAGCAGCAACAUUAUCACACACAAGAUCAGCAGCAAAUUUACGCGCAACACCAGCAGCAACAUCAAUUACAAUUGCAGUUGCAGCAUCAGCAACAGUUGCAACAGCAGCAGCAGCAGCACGCACAUCACCAACAGCAACAGCAACAGCAGCGCUUGAAAUCGGAACAACCGACACCGGGCAGUGAGCAGAGUCCGGUUUACAUACAACAAAACCAUCCCGGACAUGUAGUAAAUCAGGCCUGUCAGACACAGAUAUCAGCGGUUAAAGGCAGCGCUGUGGUACAAAAGACCACACCCAGCUCGGAGGAUUCGUCGAGCAAGAGCCCUUCACACGCGCCAUUAGACCGCAAGAAGAGCAUCGGUUCGAUGCAGGCGCUCAAAUCGCCCAUCACCAAGCGUCCACCCACGUCGCCGGUAACGCUCUCCGGUUGGCUGUACAAGCAGGGUUCGGACGGCUUGAAAGUGUGGCGCAAACGUUGGUUCGUGUUGGCCGAAUAUUGCCUCUACUAUUACAAGGGACCCGAGGAGGAGAAACUGCUCGGCUCCAUACUCUUGCCAUCGUACAAAGUAUCCGCCUGCCUGCCGGAGGACAAAAUCUAUCGCAAGUACGCCUUCAAGUGUGAACAUCAGAACAUGCGCACUUAUUGGUUAGCCGCCGAGACGGGCGAAUCAAUGAUGCAGUGGGUGCGCGCGCUCACCGCCGCCACAAAUAUGCAGGCGCCCAAUAGUGGUGAAUCCGAUCAGCCGAGCGGUUCGUCUUCGCUAAAUCACAGCGGUGAGAACUCCGACUCUGGCAUACACACGCUACAGUCGCAGCAGAGCAAGAUGAGCCUCAAUCAGGGGCAGGUAACGCCGGCCUCAGAGAACGCCAAUGUGAAUUCGGCGUCGAGUAGCAACAGCGGUGGCGUUGGUGGUGGUGGUGGUGCGCAGCCUUUGUACGCGAACGCGCCACCCAAACCCCGGCGGAUCAACGAUGGCGGCUAUUCAUCUCCCAGUCCCGAACAUUCGAUUGACAACGAACGCAAACCACAUCACCAACAACAGCAGGCAGGUCGUCAUAGCGGUCUUAUGUCACCGACAUUGCAACAAAUGCAACAACAACAGCAACAGCACCACCAUCAACGUGGCGGCCAGCAACCACAACAACACCAUGCCAUUUACGAUACACGCACCGGUAAUGUGUCGUCUGCACUGCGGCUGCAGCAGGCACAACAACAAUUCUCUGUAGACCAAUUGGAGGCACAAUUGCAGCAGCAAAUGGCUUUGUCGGCUGAAGAUUACCCCAAAUCGCCGCCACCGCCAGCCACACACUCCAAUUACAUGGAACUCGAGGAGCAGAUGUUACGUCUGCAACAACAACAACAGCGGGGUGGUGAAGAGAUUUACGGCGAACGCGAUCUGUACAUGCAAAAGCUGAUACAACAACGUUAUCCACCACAUUUGGCGCUCUACCCGAACGCGGAACGUCGUACACCGGACGCAUAUGGCCGCUCGAAAAAUCGCAUAUUCUCGGAUUACGAAGAUAUUUACAAUUUAACUCAAGCCGGUAUGGCAACAUCAGCGCAGGAGGCUCUGCUACAGGAGGCGGCCAGUUAUCGCCGCCCACUGAGCCCACCCAGUUACGAUGGCAGCAAACAUGUGCCGGCAAUGCCGAUGCGUUAUACACCCAAUCACAUGGAGGCUGCACAACAACAACAGCUAACCGCUAGCAACAGCAAUUUACGUUCACGCCAACCCGCCGCGAUCGUGCGCCCACAUUCGGCGGACUUUUUGGAGUACGAAGCGCGCGCCGAAUCAGCGGCAGCAGCUGCAGCCACCGCCGGCACCAGCAACCUAUCGAACGCCAUCAAACCAGAUGCAGUGCGCGCACCUCGUCCCAAAUCGUCGUUAGACAUCAAUCGCACACCGGACAGCUUCUACUACUCGGAGGCUAGCUACGCGGAGAAGAUGCGCAAAAGCGCGCUUUACUUGCAACAUCCAAAAGGCGCUACAAAUGCACAGCCACAGCAGGCAGGUGGCUAUCGCACCACCGGCGAUUUCCUUAGCCCAGUGGGUAGCGGUAUGCAUACCAUCGGCUAUGAGAAUCCCUACGAACGCGCCUACAAGCGCGGCGAGCAAUUGCACGACGGCCAAGGCGCCGCUAGCAUGCCGCGCAUGAGCCGCAGCAAUACAACGACCGCCAUGAACACGAGCAGCUUGGCGCAUUUGCGCUCGCAAUCGAUGCAUCCGCAAACGCAGGCACUGCUCUCGCCACAGUCACAGUCACAACAGAAGCAGCAGCAACCACCGCCGCCGCAAAAGCCUGUCUAUACGCCAACCAUGUCGACGCAGCAGAUUAUUCAGCAGAGCGAACAAUUCCUACGCUCGGCAAGCGCACGCCUGCCCAAGCGCAGCGGCGGUUUCGAUGAUGACUACAACAGCGCGACUACCACUUCACCGCCACAACAACAGCAACAGCAGCAACAGUCGUCAUUGCAGUCAUCACAGUCACAAUCACAAUCAUCAUCACAAUCACAACAACAACAACAUCAGCAGCAUCAACAUCAGCCAUCGGCACAGGAUGGCGAACGCAAGCGUGAAGAGUCGAUGAAACGUUUGCUGGAGUGGAAGCAGCGCAUGUUGCAGUCACCGUUGACGCGCAAGGGCAUGCAACAAGGUGGCAGCAAUAUGUCGGCCAUGUCCAAGCUUGGUAGCAAUCCGAACAUACUGCUCGCCUCGACGACGGUGGCGAGCGGCGCGCAUUAUGCCGCCACCAAUACGAGCGGUGGCAAUAGCAGCGGCGGCAAUGCGGUUGGUGGUAGUGUUGUGGCUGGCACUGUUGGCGCGGGUAGUGGUGGCAUCACAACGAUGGCCGCUGGUGGCAGUCUGGUCGGCGGCGUAGGCGGUAUACAGCGCAGUCGUUCGGAUGCGCAUGCGAACCUCGGACCAGCCGGUUACAAUAGUUACUCGUCGGACGAUGAAGCAGCGUCAAUUUCGGUGCGGAAUGUGCGCAAUUUACCCAAAGGCAAUCUUACCGUUAAACCAGAUCCCUCGGAUGCACACAAUCCGCUACAGCAGCAGCAGCAGCAACUACAACAACAACAACACUUAGCGCAAGGUUACGAUCAAAUGCUGGGCACACUAACGAACUCCUACUACGGCACGGCGCACGACACGAAAUACGCGAAGACAACAACACUCACGGAUCAACGCAGCGGCUUUGUUGGCCUGGGUGGUGGUGGUGGUGUUGGUGGCGUUUACGGCAGCAACGGACUCAUAGCAGGUGGCAACAGCAUCUUGGCCGCGUCGACGCCGCUGCAUCCCAGCGCCAAUGGUGGCGACUAUUAUGGUGGCGUAGGAGGCGGCGCGGGCCCCACAUUGUGGCAAGAGCAGCAUACACAACAACAAGCAGCGUAUCCCAUGCGGCGCGUGGAUAGUCGUGCCGAAAUCGAUAUGCUGGAACGUGAGACCAGCACACAGAUGCGGAAUCUGGACGUUUCCGCCGGCGAUUUGCUGAGCCGCACACACGAGGAGCUGGUGCUGCUGCUGAUACAGUUGAGGCGCCAGAACAGCAAUACAGCGCGCGCCAUCGAGCAAUGUUGCAGCGAUAUACAUGAAGUGCAGAAUCGUCUACGCACUGCUGAGGGUCUCACACGCGCCGAAAGCAUACAGCGCCUGGACUACCUGAAGCAACAUCUGCUCGAUCUGGAGCGCCAGUAUGAGAAGAGCAAACCGCUUGUCAACUUGGUCGACAAUAUGGUGAAGUUGGGCUCACUUUAUCGCAACAACGACAUCAACGGCCGUCAGCCGCAACGCAACGAGGCUGUGACACUGGAUCGUCUCGAAUUCAAUCAGCGCAUGCAGGAGCGACGCCUCUUGCUGGAGGAGCAAAAGCAGUGGGAUCGGCUCAGUCCGAAUCACAGCGAGCUACAGUCAAAGGUGCAUCAACUCUAUCAACUCGAUCAGCUGUUGCAAGAGGAAUCUGGCACACUGCAAAACUUACAGCGUGACAAGGAGGAGCUGGAACGUGCUCUGGGCGGCUUACGCGCACGCAUACAAGACACUUCGGGUCCGCCGAUGGCGCUCGAGGCGGCCAAAAAGCAGCAACACAUGCUCGAGCGUGAGCUGUCGCGUGUACACCAACUGUUGGCCGAGAACUCAAAGAAAUUAGAACAAACCGUAGCAGGCAAUGCGCGUCUCGAACAAGAGCUAAUUGUGUUGCGACAGAAACUGCAGGCUUCGCGCGGAGCACGCGGUUCACAAGGAGCACUCACAAAUGGCGUCGGCGGCACAGAUAGCUUUGCCAGCAACACGACCGCCAUGUUGGAGUCCGAGCUGAAGCGUGUACAAACACUCGUAGGUGACAUGCAACGACAGCGACAGGAGUUAAGCUCGGCUGUGCGUCAACUAACGGAGAACUCGAAUCGCCUUUAUCAGGAGAUUGGCAACAAAGAGAACAUCGCAAACGGUUUGCCAUUAGACAUAUCACAGAAGAAACGUACAAACUCGGCUUCGUGGCAAGAAACUGAUCUGGAUUCGAUGCAUAGCAUCUCGCAUACACUGAGCGAUGAUUCCACGCUCAAUCUCUCAACGCCACUUUACGUGGACACGAAGCUUAGUGACUUCAAUAAUGGCGAUGAGCUGCAACGUUUGAUGGCUGGCGCAGGUGUUAGCGCUGGCUCAUACCGUUACAAUGACGCCAGCGAUAAUUUGGAGACAAGCGGCGUGGACAGCGAUGGUUUUCUCGACUCAAAUCCAUUUGCCAAUCUGACCAACCAAGAAAAACAGGAGAUCAAAACGGUGCGCAUAGUGAAGCGCGAGUCGGAGCGUAGACAUCGUGAUCGCAGCGAACGUAACGGACUAAGCAGCUCCACGCAGAAUCUCGAUCAGGUGCUGGAGGAAGAGCAACAGCUGAUGAGCAGCAAUGGACUCGUCAGCAAUGGCUAUCAGCAUAUGAACGGCGCCACGACAAACGAGUACCAAAGCAAUGGACGUUCGAAAUCGCUACCGCGCAGUUACAAUGAACCGCCCACGAGCGGCAAAGUGCGACAUCAUCACCACCACAGCAGCAAACACAGCAGCAAGCACAAUGGACACCACAACAGUAGCAGCAGCAGCAAGCAAGAGGAUUACUAUAGCCGCAGCUUUGACAAGAAUAGCAACUAUGCCGGCUACCAGUUGAGUAACGGCGCUAAUGGUGGUAAUAUUGCUAACGGUGGGCACGCUGAGCGACGUGAACACCUCAAUCCACUUGCUAAUGCGUACUUUGCCAAGCAACUGCAACAACAGCAGCAACAUCAGCAUCAUCAUGGACACACGCGCGAGUCCUCCCAGCUGGCUUUGCGUCAAAAGACCGACUCCGUGCAGAGUUUAAAUAAGAGCAUAACCGAUCUGAGUCCCGAUCCGGUGUUUCAGAGUGAAGCGGCGCGUCAAAUCAUAAACGAGCUUUCGGCCGGUUCAGCGUCGGAGGACAAUACGGAGAAGAUUGUUGAGAAAGUGCCGUCGCAGCAUAAGCAUCGACGCGCGGUGCCACGCGAGAAGCGUCGCCACUACACGGCCCCCAACAAUGUCAAUGUGAAGGCAAUGGAGAAUGUGCAGGCAGAGAACGAUAUGAAUCGCAAUAACACCAACUGGCGUGCGCGUGACGAUCUGGACAUGGACUUGGCUUUGCGUCCGCGCAUGAAUGCACCAGAUGUUGUGCGCUCCGCUUUGGGGCAUGGUGAGAAGAUCUCGGAGAACACAAUAGAUAACUUGCUUUUAGCGCCAAAUAAGAUUGUUAUACCCGAGCGUUAUAUUCCGGAGAAAACACCCGAGCUAUCACCCGAAGAAAAGAAACGACGCCAAGAAAAAGUCGAAUCCAUCAAGAAGAUGUUAGCUGAGGCGCCCAUAAGCACCGCAAACGACACCACUGUCAGCUUGCCGCCGAGCAAAAUCAAUGCCGAAAAGAAGCAACGCGAGCAUUUGCUGCAACUCAAUCAGAUAUUGGCACAGCAAGUCAUGCAAAUGAGCAAAAUCGUAGCUGAAAAAGCCAUGGCCAAGGUGCACAAUGACGACGGCGACGCUGACGACGAUGACGACGCAUCACCAACUGGUCAUGACGAGCGAAGUUCCGAAUCACCAAACGAACCACUGCCGAUCUAUCAACAACGCGACAAUUACUUUAGUUGAAUUUCCGAAGCACAAACAAAAAAUAACAACAACAAUAACAUAAAGCACUAAAAUAAAGAUAAAACACCUGAAUGAUAAUAGAACAACUUUCGCAGCGUUAGCAUCCGAAGAGAGCAGCGGAGUAGAGGAGAGCACUGCACGCAUACACACACACAUACAAAUACUAAUGAAUACUAUUUUAUUAAAUUAAAAAAAUAUUGAAAACACAAAAUAAAAAUAGUCAAUAAAUGAAAGCACCAAAAAACAAUAUGAUGUACACUAAACUACAACAAAAGCAACAAACGCUAAAAUAAUUACAAUUAAAGUCGAGAAAACAAUAAGCUACAAACACUCAAAUACAAAACCGUUGCAUUUAUCUUAAAAACAAAUAACUAAAAAUUAUAUGAAAAAAUACAAAAACAAGUUUAUGUGACAACAAAGAGUUGAAAAUGUUAAAAGUUUACGAAGCGGCAGGUGUUGCGCCUAAAAAGUGACUAAGUCAAUAUUGGUAGGUAAUUAAGCGCGUUAUGUGAGCUAAGAAUGUAUACAAAAACAACAACAAAAAUAUUGUAUGUGUAUGAGAUUAAAUUCUUUAAAGUUGUUGUUGCCCGUUUGUUGUAUGUUAAAAGCGACUAACUAAAGAAUUAACAGUUUUAAGCAUAACUAAAUGUAAAAGAGCCGCAAACCUUUGAAAACUAUUUCAAAUAAAUUAAAUUAUUUUUUUUUUGCUUAGCUGCAAAACGACUGAAUUGUAAAGCAAAUUUAAAAGAUUUUAAGAACAAUUAACUAAAAAUAUCAACUACCAUAAAUAUUGCAGAGAGAGGGUUUGAAAAUACAAAAACAAAACAAGCGCCACUAACUGACUAACUGCAUAUAAGCAUAUGCAUGUAACUGUAUACUACAUACAUACAUAUAUAUAUGUAUGUAUACAUAGGCAUGUAACUGUACACUACAUACAUACAUUUAUGUAUACAUAGGCAUGUAACUGUAAAUUUACGCACAUUUUGAGGAGCAGCGCGUAGAUAGAGCGGGGCUUGAGUAAAAGCGUUGUGGAAUGCAUAUUUUAAGGAAAACACUAAUAGUGCAUAAAUUUGUUGUAUUUUCUGAAAAAAAAAAAAUAUUUUGUUUUGUUCAACCAAAAAAUGGAAUUAGCACAGGAAUUAUAAACGAAUUAGGUCACAUAUCAAAAUUAAAAUGAAAAAAAAAAUAAAAAUAUAACAAAAUUAGCUGAAUUUAUGCUAUAUAUGUAUAUGUAUGUAUAUAAAUAUGGAAACAUGACUGUAGUGGAAAUUCGAAAGACACACACACAUACAAAUUGAAUUCGUAAUAUGAAAAAUGCAAGUGAAAUUAAAAAAAAAUUGAGAAAAAAAUUAAAAAAAAUUAAAUACAUAAAAAUUGUAUGUGAAUCACUAUAUACAUGUAUAUAAUGUAUUUGUUGUACUGCAUGCAAGUGUUAUACUGUUAUACCGGCAGCGUUGCAGUGUUGCGCCAACAAUAUUGUUGAAGUCCUUGUUGAAAAGCAGAGAAAAAAAUUCACAAAAAUUAAAUUAAAUUAUUAAAAAUAAUAUUAACUAUACAUAUGUACACAUACCUUACAAAAAUAGUUAAAUAUGAUACAAAAAUAACUGUAACAAUUAAUUAAAUUUUAAUUUACGAGCAACUGCUGAAUAUACUUGUAAUUAUAUGAAACUGUGUGCAAUUAAGAGCAAAAGCAAAUGCAUUUAUAAUUCAAUAUCCAUUUUGUCAACCAUUUGCGCCUGCAGGUAGGCAACAAAAAAAUUAGCCUUAAAUAAUUUGAACAUAUUGUUAUAUAUAGUUGCUGUUGUUGCUGCUAAAUUUAAAAUUCACAACUACAACAACAAACUAACGCAUUUCUCAUAGCGCAGGGUCAAACGAAGCUGAAGCGAAAAACAAUAAUUUUGAAGUCCUAACAUUUUGUGGUUUUCCUCUCCACAAAAAGACGAAAAGGCAAGGAAUAUUAUACAGAGUGUCAAAAGAAGAUUUCUAACUGUUUUGAUGAUAUAAGCACUCACAAAACAUCUUUUCCUCGUUCAAGCUAAUUACGCAAUAAAUUAUGAUAAAAAAUAGACACCAACUCAGACGCAAACCGUUCUAGUUAUGCAACUUUUUCAGUGUUGCAGAGUUUUUUUGAAACUCAGUUAAAAUUAAAAUAUUUUGAAUGCUGUUUUCAUUACAGAUUUCUACAAAUGCAAUUUCUUCGUUAGAAAGUCUCGAAAUACAGUUAAUUCUGAGCAAUUUUCUUUGUACCUAAACUGUAUUGCUUUUGAAAAGUACUAUAUGUACUACUCUUACUGCGUACAUACAAAACAGGCCUUGAGUUAAACAAAAAUUUAUGAUUUUAAAAAAAUUUUUAAGUCAGCGAAUUGUAAAUAAAAAAUAUAUUUAUUUCAGUCACUUAACUACAAUUAGCAGCAAGCGCCUAAAUACAAGGAAAAUCGACAAUUUUGGGUCAAUUAGCGUAAAGAUAAAAAAAUACGAAAGAUAUAGGAACUCACAAAAGAAAACAAGUGGCAUGUCAAGCAGACUAUAGAAAAUUGGAAAAUUAAAUAAUGGCAAUGCAAUUAUGAAAAAAUGUUGUG